AUGGCAGCUGUUGCAGCUCAAGAGGCCAACAUCGACACUCCUAUCAAGGCGCCCAAGACUCUGAAGACAACCAAGACCCGCGGCAAGUCGACUGCCAUCAAGACAGCUGGUUCCAAGCCAUCCGAGGCCAAGACUCUGGCGAGCCCUUCCAUCCCGCUCAUCUGUGUCGUCUGUCCCACACACCCGCGCUUCUCCGACAUUUCCCACCUUCUCACGCACCUUAACUCAAAGGGCCAUCUUCAGACCCUCAACGACGCAAGGAUUCGGGCUCUCGCCGAUCCCUCGGCCGCCGACGCCAUUUCCACCUAUGACCAGUGGUAUACCGAGCAUGGUCUCGAGGCACUGCUCGCAGAACGUUUGAAAGUCAAGGAUGAGAGAGCGAAGGGCCCCGCCACCGGCGGCAAGCGGCCCGGUAAGGCCUUCUUUCAGUUGAAGAGAAAGAAGACUCUUCCCAUUCUUGCUAAGCGUGAGCCCGGCAACGACGCCUCCUGGACGCCUCCUCCGACAGGUCGGUUCCUUGAGCAGCAGGCCAUCACGUUCUACAGAGAUCAAAAUAGCCCUGCCUCGACUCCUACCGACAAUGUCCCUGAGUGGACCCAGGAUGAGCUCGAGUUAGCAAGACUGAAGGGGACCAUUUGGCCGGGUAUGGGCAUAUUUGAUGCCGCCACCCCCGACCAGAAGAAGAAGAGGAACCAGCGCAAAGAUGCUUCCGUCCUUCAACAAAUGGAGCUUUCUUCCCAGGCCAUUACCACUACCGAGUUUGUGGCCAACCUCGAUAUGGAAAUCGAGAGAACCCGCGAUGUCUAUGACGCACCGUCAGUUGAGGGAACUCCGAUCGCCAGAUCAAAGCGUCGCCAGAAACGCAUCCGUGUAGUUGAUGAACAGGACGGCGAUGACACCUCUGAAGUUAUUGUCAAGUCAGAGCCUAGUGACCACGCCGCCCCGAAGGCUUGUCACUCCAAGGCCGUGCGACACGAGACGCGACCUAUCAAGCAGGCUCCAGCACCCGAGAUCAACAUUGAGUACCUGUCGGAGAAGCUCGAUGUCACAAGCGAAGCCGCCAGCAGUGUUGCCGCUGAAGCCGAAGCUGAUCUCGAUGCUGCCAUCGAAUUUGAACUCCAUGGCGAUGUUGACGACUCUCCCUUUGGACCAGGGUCAUCCUUGAACAACCUGAACCCUGGCACCUUCAGCAUCCGCAAUGGGCAUGACGUCUUCCGCGACGCCCACCGUGACGCCAACCGUGGCCGUGCUGCCCUCCCACAGUUCUCUGCAGAGAUGAUGGAUGACGCUAGGUUCGCCGUCCGCAACCGCAUGCCCCUUCGGUCGAUUAACGUGAACUCGAAUCUGAGCCUGGCCUCUCCCACCCCCACUGCGAAGCAGUUAACGCACCGGCUGUUUAGAGGAAAGGAAAAUAACCAUGGUUUACAGACUCAGAGAAUGCCAGCAGACGGUUACGCCGUUGGAUGUGGUAAUAGUCGGGUGAAUGGAACCAGGAUGACCAACUCCAAUAGUCAGGUCACCCAGGCUAGCAUGGCUGAUUCCAACAUCACGGCUAGUCCCUUCAAUGACUUCCAGCAGCAGGAUAUGUUCUACCAGCAGGCCCCUUGGGCGUACCCGAUGGUCGCGCAAGCCUCGAACUCGAGAUUCAUUCCCAUCAAUGGCAAUCAAGCCCAGCCGGCGUUCUACGGCCACCAAUUCUCCUUCCCCGCCGGCGAGAACAGUCAGGGCAAUGGAACCGACAUUUUCGGAAAUGAUCUCUGA